GUGAGCGUCGAGCGUGUCGCUCUGUCGCUCUGUGUUUGUGUUGUGCGGUGUGACGAAUGAACCUCCACCAUUGCCAUGUGGCAGAGCGGGGGUAUGGGGGGCCACGCGCAGAACAACCCCUGGAUGAAGCUGAUGGGCAUCGUACACAAGGAGAGGCGCCACCAUGAUACCGGAGGGCCCGCUGGAGGCGAUAGAAAUCAGUCGCUGCCGAAACUCAGCAGCCAGGACGAGGAAGGACCGACCGCCCACACACAACAAUACUCCGGUGUUGUACACUUCGAGCCCAUACCACACGACCAUGACUUCUGCGAAAGAGUCGUCAUCAACGUGAGUGGUCUGAGGUUCGAAACGCAACUCCGCACGCUGAACCAGUUUCCCGAUACGCUCCUUGGAGACCCCGCCCGCCGCAUAAGAUACUUUGACCCGCUGAGGAACGAGUACUUCUUCGACAGGAACCGCCCCAGCUUCGACGCCAUCCUCUACUAUUACCAGAGCGGAGGCAGACUACGGAGACCUGUAAAUGUGCCACUUGAUGUCUUCUCAGAGGAGAUCAAGUUCUACGAGCUGGGAGAGCUCGCCACGAACAAGUUUAGGGAGGACGAGGGGUUCAUCAAGGAGGAGGAGAAGCCGCUGCCAACGCACGAGUUCCAGCGCAAGGUGUGGCUGCUGUUCGAGUACCCGGAGAGUUCGCAGGCCGCUAGAGUCGUCGCCAUCAUCUCAGUGUUCGUCAUCCUUCUGUCCAUCGUCAUAUUCUGCCUCGAAACGCUGCCGGAGUUCAAACACUACAAAGUCUUCAACACGACCACCAACGGUACCAAGAUCGAGGAGGACGAAGUGCCCGAUAUUACGGACCCCUUCUUUCUUAUCGAAACUAUAUGUAUCAUAUGGUUCACGUUCGAACUGUCGGUGCGUUUCCUCGCCUGUCCUAAUAAACUCAAUUUCUUCCGAGACGUGAUGAACAUAAUCGACAUCAUCGCGAUCAUUCCGUAUUUUAUAACACUGGCGACCGUGGUCGCCGAGGAGGAGGACACAUUGAACCUCCCCAAGGCGCCGGUCAGUCCCCAGGACAAGAGCACGAACCAGGCCAUGUCCUUAGCUAUUCUCAGAGUUAUUAGGUUAGUCAGAGUGUUUCGAAUAUUCAAGUUGUCUCGACACUCCAAAGGACUUCAAAUUCUCGGACGAACUUUGAAGGCCUCGAUGAGAGAACUUGGAUUGCUCAUAUUUUUCUUAUUCAUCGGUGUGGUGCUAUUCUCGAGUGCGGUCUACUUCGCCGAGGCCGGCUCGGAAAACUCUUUCUUCAAGUCGAUCCCGGACGCGUUCUGGUGGGCCGUCGUCACCAUGACAACCGUUGGCUACGGUGACAUGACGCCUGUCGGAGUUUGGGGAAAGAUUGUUGGAUCGCUGUGUGCGAUUGCUGGUGUGCUCACCAUCGCACUUCCCGUGCCUGUCAUCGUCUCCAACUUCAACUAUUUCUACCACCGUGAGACCGACCAGGAGGACAUGCAGUCUCAGAACUUCAAUCACGUGACUAGCUGUCCUUACCUCCCGGGCACGUUAGGGCAACAUAUGAAGAAGAGCUCACUAUCAGAGUCGUCGUCAGACAUGAUGGAGCUUGAAGAAGGGUUGUUGUUGGCUCGCGAUAUGAGCACCGUAAAGAAACACAACUGCAACCCUAGGCACAACAACAACAUCAACGCUAUGAGUAUCGAGACUGACGUCUGACUAGUGGUACGUGAAGGAGGCGUGCAGCUGCAACAGGAACCAAGUCUCAUCUCCUCAUACACAGUCAUGAUUCUGAAUGAAUACAAGGAAUACGAUGAUUGUGUUGUUGCAGUAGUGCGAGAGGCAGGCCUGUGAGUCCAAUGGGCCACGUCGCCACUUCACUAUGGUGCUUUCCCUCAAUCGGAACUCUCCAUGUUAUGUGAGUGUACCGCGCGUUGCCAGCAAUUACCACUAAAAUCGACUGACUUUUAAUAAUUAAAUAAUAAUAAUUACGUAUUACUUUAUAACUCAAUAAUAUUAUUAAUUAUUAUUGGUCUUGCCAAAGAAAGUGACCGUUUUUUAUAAUAGACUUUGAAUUUUUAUAUUAUUAUUAAUUAUUAUGAUUAAGCUAGUACCUUGACCGUAAGGUUCCCAUCCCGUGUACAGGCUGACGCGAAUAUCUGCAUUGAUAAAUGACAUAUUCUUUUUUUACUUAUUGAUUUUUCUAUAUUUUUGGUGCAAAUAUAAAGGUUGUAUGAAAUAAAGUGCCUCAAACAUAUGCUAUACAAAAUAUGUUUUACUAUUGUUAUUUAAUUUGCUGAUUAAGUCGUGUUUUUGGUACGUUUGUACAUAACUGUUCUCUAUGUGUACUUAUUUCCCACCUGAACUUUUAUGCUAGACUUAAAGUAAAAGAGAAACCGACUCCAUGGGCUCUGUACAUUAUAGAGUUUAUGGAGUGUUCGCUUACUUUAAUGUUUCCAAUGAAUAUUUCGUCACAAGGGGGUGUGGACAGCCAUCCCUAGGAUUUAUUUCCUAAGUCUAAAUUAUUGAUAAUCCUAACAAUUACCCUACAGAAACAAUUCUACUAGACAAAAAAUAUAUAUUUUAACGUUGUUCAACAUAAUGUACCAAUGUAAGAAAAAAAGUCCAAAUAUUUAUUCGAUAAAAUUGAGUUUUUUAAGAUGAAUUAAGUUAAGAUAUUCUACACUUGAGUAAAAAGAACACCAACUUCAACAGUAUUAAAUAAAUAUAACACUUGUGCUUAGAUAUAAAUACCCUGUGAUAUAUUUUUCUUCUAUAUUGUGUGCAUAGUUGGAUUUUCCAGCACAAUUUCCGUUUGAUUCUUUGCUUGGACAAAAUUGUAAUCCAUGGGUAUUAAACACAGCAUUACUGAUAUUGCAAACACAUUUCAGUCAAAAAUGUAUAAACAAGUAAACAUUCAAGUUGGCACUUGAUUUUUUAUAUUCAUAUAAAAAACAUUUGAUUUGUUUCACAAAUCCACGUUUGUGAGGUGAACAAAAAUAUGCCUACAAACUUGAGCCCCAAAUACAUCCUCGAACAUUAUUAAACCUCCAGAACAAGUAUCUAAUUCAACAUUUUUUUAACCAAGCUAUAUUGUUCUAUAAAUGCUAAUUAUGACAAUUAAAUCAUUAUUUUACUGCAUAAAAAGUAACGCCUACCCUCUUUUACUCUUAAAAAUUUGUUUAAACUGUUUGCCCUCGCGAAGAAGGUAAAAUUUAAACGAUACAUAUUUGGAUGGAAAUAGUUGUACUCCAGACAUUAUUGAAGGAAUGUAAAAAAAAUUAUUCUAAUGCCAAAAAAUACAUCGCAGUAAAUAUAAAUAAUAAACCAGAAUUUUAGGUGUUUAAAAUUAAUCUCCUUUUGUCCGGCGUGUGGUUUGCAUGUGAUUCGCCCCUCUUCAUCUACCUUGUGGGGGAGAUUUUCCCUUUCUUGUGCCCCCAACAAACCUGAAAACCCUUAAUUGUGUUCAAUAUUAUUCCAUUAGUUUUAAUCUCGGUGCCAUUACACGUAUAAUAACAGAUAUCACCAAGAACUUGCAGAAAUCAAUACAUUUUUUUACCAAUAAUUUCCUAAUAUUAAUAAAACAUAGUAAACCUUGUACAAUUUUGGAAAAAGUUAUUAAACUCAUCGAGCAAAUAUUCCGUCAAUUACCUUCCAUUCACAUACAUUUUUAUUUCAUACGUAAAUCAGUUUUGAGAAUUCAAAACAUGUUCUUAAAUGAUCACAAAUAACAAUUAAGUUAACUUGGGGGGCGUAGGGUUUACAAGAGAAAAUUUACACUCACGGAAAAUUACCAACCAAAGAAAACAAUAAGCAAUUUCAAAAAUUCAACAAAACGCUGAAAAUUCCCUCAAAACAUUGUAAAACUCUAUUCUAAAAUCAACUACUCUAUUUCAAUAUUCUAAUCGAGUUACUUGAUUUUAUAAGCUUAACUUAGAACACCCAGAUUAUGUGUUUAUCAAUGUAUCAGCCUGCUACAUGUCCUACUUCUCUUAUAAUGUCCUUCUGAUAUAUAUCUGCUUCCUUAUCGACAGUUCAAUGAAAAAUAACGAAAUAAGUAGAUAUUUACAUUUUUGCUGCAGACUGUGUAUCGUAUACUCUAACAGCCUGGGGUUUGCCCUAUGUAGCGCAUGCAGCAUAGUUCUGGCUUAACCUUGCGGAUGCGGCUGUUUAGCCUUCUCAAGCCCGAGGCUCAUCAGUGUUAAAUCUCGAGCUCAGCCUCUGUAGUAACUGUUCUCAAACUGUUUUGUAACUAAAUUAGUCUGUCAAAAUUUUUGUGACAACAAAUUUAAACUUAAUUAUUCAUGGUUUAUAAAAAAUCUACUUUCAUUUGUAUUUUUCAAAUAUUAUUCAAGGUGUAGGACUUGUAGGCUAACAAUAUUCUUUUAUAAAUUUUAAACGGAAAUGUAAACAAGUGAGAUAUUUAUUAUUGGAUGUAUCUUUUGAGGAAAAUAAAUUUACAGGGAAUUCAUGGCUAACUCCAGUUUUUUCGUUGAAUUUAUCUAAAUACACAAUGUACCUUAAUUUAGUUUGUUUAGUGAAAUUAAUCUUUGAUUUAUUGAAGUAGUGUAAGUAUAAACGUACAUCAAAAAUUCACGUAAAUGCAGGAUCCCAACAAUUCCAGAAAAUAUAUUUGAAUGAAUAAAUAAACAAAUUCAUUCAAAUAACUAAAAAACUAUUAAUAAAUUAGACCAUGUAAAUUAAUGUUUUCAUAAUGUCUAACUUUUUCUUCACAGUAAGAAAUUGAGUCACGACCAAAUUAACUUUAGUUUAUAAUUUAACCUUCAGGUAAAACAUAUUUUUCCAUUACUUUAAUAUUAGGGAUACUUUUGUAGAGAGAACUCUAAACAAAUCAUAAUAUGGAUGUUGUUAAAUAUAAAAAGUAAAUCAAGGAAAUAACUUUUUAAUUGCUGUAAACAGUUGAUGGUCUUCAAUGGUUUUGAAACAAAUAAUUUGAUAAAUAAUCUGUUGAGAAAUAAAUCUGUUAUAGAUACAAACACGUUUUUCCUAGAAGAUUCCUAAAAAAAAAUCAAAUGGAAUAGUCUACAUUUUUAAGGUAAUAUUUUAAAAAUAAACUACUGAAAACCCUAUUGUAAAAUGAAUAAAGACAAACAUGACCUUUAAGUUGAUAAAAUUGAAAACACCUAACACGUUAAGGAUAUGACGCUUGCCAAAAAAAAUAAUUUUUUACAAAAAUUCUAUUUAAAUCUUGAAUGAGAAGGUUAAACGGCCAGUAGAAUCGCUAGGUGAUUUUAUAGAUAAUAUUAUCAUAAAUUCUCAGUUAGGACUGCUAUUUCUUUCAAAUUUUAGUACUAGGCUAAUAUAGUCGGGGAAUAGGCCAGAGUUCCCAUGCAAUUUGCCACUGAAAUUAUUACUGUAGAUAAUGUUGUCAUUUCCUCUGUAUUAUUAUCUCAAUAUUUUUGACUCCAAAAACAUUUUUGUUUAACUUUUUUUCUUGGAGUGAAGGGCUGACUGUUCAGCCCAAUAAGGACUGUUAUUCACCUAGCAUUACGUCUCAUUUGGUUGUGUACCCACUAAAUAGUUUGUAAUCAUAGCAACUAAACUCACCAAAACAAAAGGGUGUCGUGUGUUUUUGAGUGGAAUUUUCAAUAGGAACAAAAUAAUUGCAAUUCCAAAAUCAAGCUAAACCAUUUUAAGAUAUGAUAGCAGCAUUGAGUAAUAUUUGGUGAUAUAGUUUUCAUUCAUUUCAAACAGAAUACGCAGUAUUUUUAAUGCUAUUUUAAUUGGGAAACCUGAAAUUUCCUUUUGAAAAACACAGGACACCUUACACCAUCUAAGCAUGGUCAGAAUACUUGAUAUGUUAUCAAGUUUCAUUUUAUAUAUUUAAUAUUUACUUUGUUACGAAUAAAACUCAAAGAUAUCAAAGAUGCAAUAAGGUCUUGUCUAAAGACAAACUUUUAUUUUAGUAGUAAGCGGAUUCUAAGUUAUGCCGACUCUGUAUAGUGACAUAUCAUAUAUACGAUGUAAAUAUAGCAGUUCUGCGCCAUUUUUUAAUGCUCGAAUUAUGUAAUUCUUGAAUAUGCUGUAUAUAUGAGGAUGCCAGUAAGCUUAAUUUCCAUUACACAGACUUUAGUCGAUACUUUUAAUGUACUAUUACAAUCAACGUAUGUGAAUUACAAAAUGAAAUGCCUUUAUAAUCAAUAGCCUACAGCUCAUAUUAGGAAUACAUUGCUUUUAUAGAAGGCUUGAUAUUUUGAUUUGUAAUUCCUCGUCAUGAAGUUAUUUGUAACUGCAGAAUACAAUUGAUUUAUUAGAAAUAGAAUUUUACUAAAAGUAAAACUAAGAGACCGUGCACUUAAAACUUUGGUUUGAGUUUAUCGGCUUUUGGAUCCUGUUUCUGUUUAGUGUAACCGUCAGAAACGAACUAAGUUUAACGUAAAAUGUCCGGAAUUCAGUGACCAUUAAUGGCAAUUUCAUCCAAGCCAAGACAAUACUCUGGGUCGAGCUCGACAUACUUUGAUUGUAACACCAUUAUCACAAAUCAAUCCAUCUGGCAAACCCGAUAAACAAAAUAUUUUUAUAUUUAUGUGCCACCAAGUUUUGUACGAUAUUCGCUUUUAAUGACAUGAGUAAAGAAAAGAUACCGUUGCGUUCAAAAGUACUACAAUCAGUUUGUUAAGCUAACCGUUAUUUUCAGUAUUACAGAUUGAAACUUAAUGGCAAUCACGGGAUAACAGUCCUUAUGUCACGGCCUGUGCCGAUCUUCUGCCAUCGUCUCUCGUCAUAUCACGUUACGUCAUUUCUCAUUCAUUCGACACAUUUAUUGUAAAAAUAACAAAAAUAUAGGUAUAUUAUUAUAAAGUCCUAGAUUUUGAGCACUGUUUUAAGUGCUUGUAUUUAUAUUGGGCUGUGCGGCGUUGAACCACGAGCAAACGUUUUACCAAUAUCGUAGGUUUGGAGUAGCUUUUACGCAUAGUUAAGCACCCCCGGUGGUGAUUCAUUCCCUCUAGGUUACUCGGUACACUGCGCCCGGCUCGUCUUCCUCAGCAGUGUUGCCAACACUUACGUUGCAUCACCGAUGGUUUAUAAACAUUUCAUUUAAGUUAAGUUUGAGAUUACAAAGUUGGCAGCUCUGUGAGUUGCCCAUCUCCUUGAGCGCACUGUACCUCGGAUACAAGCGCAUACUAUAGAAAUGUGACUGUUGCCCAUGUAUUCUACUUUCUGUGAUUAGCUCUAUUUCACAUGGCCACUUGAGAUAAAACAGCUGAAAUUAUAAUAAACCAUUUGUUAACACUAUACAAGUAAAAAAUAUUUGGCGAAAUGGAAAACUGAGAAAACAAUUUAUAAGUUACAUGGGGAUGCUUCAGUUUCUUUAUCAUUUAAAUAACUCAAGACAAAACUACAUUAGUAUAGUCGCCAUUUCAAAAUAAAGUAAUUAAAGUAUCUAACUCAUACAUAAACAAAAGCCAAAAUGGACUCAUAUUUUCUUGUGAAAAACACAAAGCCUGUGAAAAAUAGGUAGAGUUAAAUUUGCCUAGAGAUAAACAAUAUUUUAUUUUUUUUUAAAAAGUAUUUCUCACCAGAAUCGGUUUCUUAACAACAUACUCCGACAAUGUUGCUGUUAAGUGAUUCGUGUGGGCAUUUGAAAUAGGCCUAACUACUUGUUGUUAUUGUUAUUCGAUUUGUUGGUUAUGUUUGUACGAGACAUUGUAUAUGAGAUUAGUUAGUUGAAAUUUUUUAUUUAGCAUUUAAAAUACAUUCGAAACAUCAUUUUCUAUAGUGGCAAAGGGGCAAGAGCGUAUUUUAAUCCGUAUGUUCUAGGCUUCGAGACAGGUAUUGUAGAAAUCUUUUAAUUACAUAAUUCAAGAGUUACCAGUAACUGUAGACAUUUAUCUUAUUUAUACGAAUCUUAAUGAUUAUUAUAUAAUAAUGCAAACAUUCCUAGAUUGUUAUGUAAAUAAUUGUGUUUUUUAACAAUGAAAAUGUGUUUAUAGUCUAUUGUAAAAAGAUGGAGGUGUGUGUGUUUGCUGGUUGGCAGAGUUUUCUGCAGCUUAUGUAUUGACCGUUUCAAAUUUGUUUAUAUUUUUAAAGUGUAACUUUCGUAGAAAGAUACACACGGACGUACUCGUAUUAAGCUUUCAAACCGGUCCACGCAGCCAGCGGGUUUACAUGAGACAAGAGCUUGCUUGGCUGGUGAGGAAAGUGGGUCUUGCCUUUGUUGUUUUGUAUAUAUGGCAUUUAGUUUUAGGCUGGCGGUUGAAAUAAGUGAAUUUAUGAACCUUUCCAUUCUCCUGAUCAAGACUCAGUUCUGAGAGCAAAGGUGGCAUAGCAAUCAUAAUGAGCAAACACGAAAAUGCUCUCCAAUCGAAAAAGUUAUAAAGUUGAAAUUGUCUUAUCUCAAAAAUUU